AUGACCUCAUUGAAUUGUAGCAGCUUAUCUAGCAAUGUAAUACCUGAACGUAAAUGGUCUAUUAAUUACAUUCAAAAUAAACAAUUUCAAAAUUUAUCUGAUAUUGAAUCUUAUUCUACUUUAUAUUCUAAUGUGUCACUAUUUGAUGAAUCUGAAUUAAAUGAACAAUGUGUUGUUAUAGAAUACACAUUAGCAAUAAUAAAACCUUCAAUCACUAAAUAUAUGUACAAAAUUGAAAAUAUCAUGUCUCAAAAGGGAUUUGUAAUAAAAAAAAAAGAUAUACUUCAUUUAAGAAAAGAAGAAACCUCAGAUUUCUAUCGAGAACAUACAUCUGAAUUAUAUUUCACAAAUUUAGUAGAAUACAUAUCUAGUGGCCCAAUAGUAGUUUAUGUUUUGAUGAAGAAAAAUUGUAUAGAUGAAUGGAAGAGAUUAAUUGGACCAACUAAUGUCAAAUAUGCAAAAAAAAAUUUUCCAUUCACGCUAAGGGCAAAGUAUGGUAUUGAAUCUGGAAAUUUUCCUGUUAAAAAUGGAUUUCAUGGAAGUAGUAAUAGGCACGCAGCACAAAAUGAGAUAUUGUUCUUCUUUCCAAAUAGUGAAAUAGAUGACAAUAAUUUGAAUAUUGAUGAUACGAUAGAAUUUUUACAGGAAAUUAUGAUGCCAACAAUUUCAAAAGGCCUUGUGGAAUUAUACAAAGAAGACCCAAAUGAUCCUCUCAGAUGGUUCGGAAAAUGGUUACUAUCGACCAACUCGAUGAUAAACUAA